AUGGGCCGGCAGUCUGUGCGUGUCUCGGAGCUUUCGACGCAUGAAAAUGCGGAACUGCGACGAGGUGGCUCGAUGAUGCAGGACAAAGAGCCCUUUGAAGACUCCAAGCGGCCGUGUCGGGAUGUGAUCUGGGCAAUCUUGUUCUACGCGGUGGCAGGAUUUCUGUGCUAUUGGUGCGCAUCUGGUAUCAUCGCCGCUACGGGAGGUGCCGACCAAGGACAGGUGGCGAAAGUCUCCGCCAAGCUCCAUGCGUACGAGAACAGCUUGUUCGCUGUGGGCUACGCCUUAGCUGCGGCAGGCAUGGUGGCGAUCGUGUUCUCCCUCGUCUUCUUGGAGCUUGCCAAAAGAUUUUCCGAGUUGGUUAUUUGGUGCGCGCUGCUGCUGGGGCCGACCGUCAUGAUCGUCGUGGGAGUCGUCAUGAUGGUCCCGGUGGAAGGCAAAUGGCCGAUGCCAGGCAUCAUCGGGGCCAUCAACUUUUCAGUUGGCUGCUGCUUAUUUGCGUGUGUGCUCUGCUGCUGGAAGGACUUGGUGCCUUUCUCUGCUGCACUUAUGAGGACGAUCAUCAAAGUCAUGGAGAUCCAUACGUCCAUGAUCUUCAUCUCCAUUUGGGGUUCCUUCCUGUCCUUCCUCUGGAGUUUGCUUUGUUGCAUGAGCCUCGUGGCUUUCUUCAUCCAUGAUGAAGAAGCCAUGGACAAGCUGACAAAGGGCAGGGCCUCCAGUUCGCCAGCGAAAGCCGGGUUCCUCUUCCUGUUCUUCUUCGUUCAGUACUGGGGUUUGAUAGUGGCAAUGGAUGCGGCCUACACGGCUUGCUGUGGUGUCUUCGGCCGCUGGUAUUUUCUCAAAGAUCGACGACCUGGAGACACCCCGGUCAUGAGCGCGAUCAAGGAUGCGUACACCACAUCCUUUGGGUCUAUCUGCCUCGGUGCCUUCAUCGUGGCCCUGAUCAGGGCACUGGAGGCUUUGGUCAGAACCUUGCGCCGGGAGGCUCAAGAGGAUGGAAACAUUGUCCUGUGCUUGCUCCUCUGCCUAGUGGAAUGCGUUGUAGAUUGUAUCGGCGACAUCAUGGAAUGGGUCUGCAGCUGGGCCUACGUGCAAUGCGCUCUUCGGGGCUUGUCGUUCUUCGAGGCGUGCAGUGCCACGUUCGCCCUGGCCGUGCAUGCAGGAGUGGACUCCAUCAUCUCGCGCAGUGUGCUUGGAACGGUCCCAAUACUGGGCGCGUUGCCGGCGGGUCUCUUUGCAGGUGGUGCUGGCUACUUCGUCUUUGGCGCGACGUCUGAAGAUGGCGCGCAAACGGGACACCAAUGGACAGUGGCAAUGAUCUGCAUGUGGCUUGGCCUGUGCACCGCCUGGGCCGCACUCAUGCCCCUCAAGAGUGGU